AUGGAGUGCCUUCACGGCCGGAUUUCGUACGCCUCAUGGCGUCUGAGGGUCUUUCAACGGCUUUUCUUGUCCUCUUCGGAACUCAAUGGCCGAAGAACCAUCUCGAGACGUGCGAUCGACGACCCAAACACUCUGGACGGAUCACAAUUCCAACACCGCGAAUAUCCAAAGGAACCGGGUCAACAUGAUGACGCGGAAUUCACGGCCAGUGCAACAGAGGAGCCUCGACUCUCGCAAACUCUCCCUCAAUCACCCCUCAUGAAGACCGUGCACCCCAAUCUCGAGAAGAAACACAAGAAGCGGGCCGCAAAACCUGAAGACCUGGAGGACCUCCGCCGGAACCCCUGGGCAAUGGCCCUCGCCUCACCUCCUCGGAUGUGCUCCGCAACAGGGACACGCAUUCCUAGGGCCCUUCUGAGCGAUUGGGGGAUGCUUAAACGGCCUAAAUCUGAUGGCCUGUGGUUCAUGCCCCUAGGGCUACUCAAAGAUGAAGUGGCCGGUGCUGCUGCGGACCAUAGAGCGCGGCGAGCUGCCGGCGGUACAUCUCUGCCGAUACCUUAUAUGGACAAGAGCAUUCGGCACCUUACGCUACGACUCGUGGACCGUCUCCCGCUGUUGAAAAAAUUGAACUCGGUUUUGGCGUCGCACGUAAUGAGGAUGGAUGUGGUCAAGCAGCUUAAACACGCCUGUAUUAAGUAUAAAAGAUUGGAUGCUACCAACCGCGUCUGGACGGCUAUCGACCUUAAUGAGUACUCCGAGGCGGCUAUUCUGAAAGAGUUGAAGGGUGUGAAACCCUUCCCGCGCAUGGAAUGCGGUGCGGUGUUGGUUAUGGGCACCCUGAUUAACAACCAGACGGGGGUGAUUGAAUCAGUCUCACAAGAUGAAGCAAUAUCCAAUGCUGUGGGAACACUCCCUGAAUAUCUUAUGUUGCCGCAUCUCCCAUCUAAGGUACCUGUGUUUGAACUUGCGCAGCUCUUCUCUGAGAAGGAGCUAGAGGAGAUCUGGGGUUAUGAUCCGCGUUUCCAGAGUCCAGCUUUGUAUUUUAGACCGAAUGACCCGAUCACGGUUAAUGCGAUGUUGGCGCUGUGGAAGCUGAAGGGGUUCCUGAGGCAUGAGUCGACUUGCGAGACUCCAGAUCCCAGCGAUGAGCCGCAGUCAUGA